AUGCCAUCAAUUUCCUUUGAUGAGAACACCGAGUACCAAGAGUGUCUUCAAAGCCUGCAAUUUCCAAAUAUGCAUCGCCGACGCGAUCAGAUCGAAACGGCUCUGCGAAAAACGAACAAAUGGCUUUGGAAUCACGAUGACUACCGUAAAUGGGAACAAGAAGGUGGUCUGCUCUGGAUUUCUGGUAAGCCAGGAAGUGGAAAGUCAGUACUUGCCAAGUCAAUCCAACAUCGGUUCCGACACAAAUCGAACACAGACUGGUCAUUUUGCAGUUGGUUUUACACAUCUCGCGAUUUAGAAAUCGGCGUACGACACUCGUUCAUGUUGCGAGCGAUCAUGUAUCAGAUAUUGUUCAUGAACAAGGAUGCGUUCCUCGCAAUCAGGCCGCACUAUCGAGACCAGCAAAGUCAUUCUAGGGGCCAAAUCGAAUUAUGGUCUCAAGCAGUCUUGCAAAAGGCUUUAGUCGGCUUAUCCCGGGAUACUUGUAUGCGACCCACAAUCAUCGUCAUUGAUGGAUUCGAUGAAUCAGAUUCGGAGCCAAGUUGCAGAGCUGCGGUGUUGGACAUGUUCCACGAGCUUUAUCACAGACCGGGGCGAACACGCAUCAUACUUCUUAGCAGACAUUUGCCGGAGAUCGAGAAGCAGUCUCAAGGUUUCUUCAAGAUUCUCAUGGAAGGCUGCAAUGAAAGGGACAUAAACGAUGUCAUACGCCAUGGUAUCAAUGAACUGAGUAGUGCUUGGGGCCGCAGACUCACUUCAACACAACCCCCGAAAACAAGCGCAAUGGGAGAACCACAGACAGAAGUAUCGGACCCGACCCUAAGGAAGAUCGAAUCUUACCUUCGAAACAACUCAUCUGGAGUCAUACUUUGGGUGCGACUAGUUUUCCGCGAGAUUGAGACGGAUUUUAAGCGACGAACAGGCUUCACAGAAGAGGAGCUUUGGCGAGCCAUCGAGUCUUUGCCCUUGGAAUUAGAAAGUCUUUAUGCCCACUCGUUGAGACGACUCUCCAAAUCCAUGAGCCCUGAGGAAGAAGCUACUGCAAAGGAAAUCUUUGCGUGGAUUGUCGUAUCUCCAAACAUCGAAGCAUUGCAACUACCGCAGCUAAGAGAGGCAAUGGCACUGUCUAAAUUUAUUCCAGGAGAGGACUACUCAACAAAACUGUUGCAGGAUAGGAAAACUUUGCUCAUGCAGACACCCAACGGCGAGCUCGACUGGAAUCACUUCAGGAAUAUCGUCUAUGAACAUUGCGGUCCUUUGGUUGAAUUCGUACCACUGAUAUCUCAAUCGCCUUACGAAGAAGACAGCCGUCUCGUUCAGUCAUCAUCCGAUAUUUCAAGUAUGACAGCGCAGCUUAUCCACCAGACUGUCGACGUCUUCCUCCGUGACCCCAGUCGAAGUGGUAGCUGGUUUAUCGAUCAACAAGAGGUUGAAAGAAAGAUAGCCAACAUAUCACAUGGUUACCUUGGUAUUGGCAAGUCGUCACGACCUACGCCCAAGCGCUUAAUGGCGGACCAAUUGAUCAACAGCCACAUCCACGGUCACUUUGGUGCGCUCAAAAAGAACUUUUCCAAUGUCAUGAGCACUCCGUUCGAGCUACUAGCCAUGGACGAGUACCAAAGACUGCGCCCGCUGGCAUCUUUUGCUCUGGCUACCAUAAGUCGACUCAAUUCAUAUCAGCAUUCUGUUGUUGAAGCACUGGAAUUGAUCGACAACAAGUUAAAGAUCGAAGACCGUUUGGUCACUUAUUGCAUGCCAGAUCUCUUGUUCACUCCUCCGGCCCUCGGAACAAGCCUCAAGCGUAUCACAAGAGAACCUUCGUCAAGGGGCGAGACCUGGAGAUGA